AUGUUUAGGAAAAUCGUGCCUUUGUUGAUCAAUGGAGUGGAAAAGAAGACUGUGGAGUCUUUAAUAUUUCCAGUUCUCUCUCCUUUCAAUGAAAACGAGGUGUUGUACCAUGCCCAAGGAGCAUCUCCAUCUGACGUCUUAACGGCUCUCGAGACUGCACAGUCUGGAUUUGUUCAAUGGAAAGCCACCAAUUAUUUACAGAGAAGAGAAGUCCUUCAGAAUGCAGCGAGACUUCUGGAAUCCAGAAAGCCGCAAUUCUUGCAAAUGAUGGAAGAAAUGGCAAUACCAACCUGGUUUGCCAAUGUCAACAUUGAUACCAGUGUUGGAAUGAUAAAAGAAGCGGCCAGUCUUACUUCCCAGCCACAGGGCUCGAUACCUCAGACUGAAACCAGCGAUUCUGUUUCUUUGGUGUUCAAUGAGCCAAUUGGUCCAGUUUUGAGUAUCUCGCCUUGGAAUGCCCCGUGUAUUCUUUGCACUAGAGCUCUGGUAGCUCCCAUUGCUGCUGGAUGCAGUGUCAUACUGAAAAGCUCUGAGCAUUCUCCUCUAAUUCACUAUGAACUGGUGAAAUUGUUUGUGGAUGCAGGGCUACCCCCGAACGUGCUCUCUCUGCUGAAUUCCUCGAGGGAAACUUCUCCUGCCAUAACUGAGACUUUGAUCAAAAGCAAGGCGGUGAAGAAGGUGAAUUUUACAGGGUCUACGGCCGUGGGAAAAGCAGUGGCCAAAAUUGCUGCCGAGAAUCUCAAGCCUGUUCUCCUAGAAUUGGGAGGUAAAGGAACUGCAAUAGUGACAAGAAGUGCCAAUCUCGAAGAUGCUGCUGGGGCUAUCGUCUUUGGAGCCUUUGCCCAUAAUGGUCAAAUCUGCAUGAGCACCGAGAGGGUUUUUGUGGAUGACGCUGUCUAUGAUGAUUUUGUUGCUAUUUUGAAAAAUGUAGCAGAUUCAGCUUCAAGCUCUGAAGCACUUCCACAGAGAACCUCGACUGCUGCAGCCAGAGCUUCACAACUUGUGGAAUCUGCUGUUGAAAACGGUGCCGCUUUCGUGCACGGUUCUUCAAAUCGCAACGGCACCUACCUCACUCCGGUAAUCUUGCAAGAGGUGAAGUCAGAAGAUGAAAUAUUCGAAAGCGAAACAUUUGCUCCAGUAUUUUUUUUGAGUCGCUACAAAGACGUACAAGAAGCUAUCGACAUUGCUAACACAAGUGCUUCUGGCCUGACCAGCUCUGUUUGGUGCAAAGAUACGCUAGAGGGUCUUAGCAUAGCAAGACAAUUAGAAUCUGGUGCGGUUCAUAUUAAUGGAGGAACUUUACGGGAUGAGCCAGUUCUGCCACAUGGAGGUGUCAAACAGAGUGGAUCUGGCCGGUUCAAUGGUAUCUGGGGAAUCCGAGAAUUUCAGUACCUGAAAACAGUAACGAUUAGCUAG